GGCCCACCUCACCUAGAGCCUGCACCCAGGGUGUCUCCUCUGCAGAUUCUGGGCUGGGGGAGGCAGCCCCCAGCAACCAGCAUCACCCACCCUCCCAACUGACAUCCACCCAGGCCCCGUCCUCGUGCCUGCGGCGCGGAGCCUGGCGGGGCCCUGGAAAGCCAACGUCGCGGGAAGCCCCGGCCACUUCACGCUCCAGAUGCUUGAGCUGAGCCUGCGGGAGGAGGAGCUGCGAGCGCAGCACCAGACCGCGCUGCUGCGCCUGCGCGAGAAAGCGCUGGAGGAAAGGAUGCGCGCUGAGCUGGCCUGGUUGGAGCAGCAGCGAGGGUGUCUGGGCCGCGAGGGGAGCGCCGCGGUGCUGGCAGUCUUGGCAGAGAGGCAGAAGCAGGCCCUCAGCAGCCUUGAGCAGGAGCAGAGAGAAAUCCGGUGCCUGCAGAAUGCUCACCGGUUCUCGCACGAGGAGAGGAAGCUGCUUCUGCAGCACCAGAGGGACAUCCUGUCCCUGCGGACGGCCGUGGCACAGCUGCAGCAGGAGCUCGAGGCCCGGACCGGGCUGCCUCAGAGGUCUGGCCACAAAGUCAAGACCGCUCAGAUGGAGGGGCCGGCACAGGGCUCCCUGUGCCCGUCAACACCACGUAGGCCUGGCGACCCCACCAGCCCCAGCCCCCGGAGAAGCUCCGAGAGCCCACGCGCCCAACUCCUUCCCACUGGGCAGGAGGACGGGACACACCCUGAGGCCACUUCAGCUGUGGACAGUCACCGACCGCUUCCAAGACCUGUGUGGGGAGAGGACAUGCCUGUGGCCAGUGGCUGGCCCGACGCUGGGGGCCCACUGGUAGAGAGCCAGAUCCCUGUGGACCAAGAAUUCCUGGACACCGUGCCGUCCACACCCUGCGUUCCGCACCCAUCGGUGCUCAGGGUCCCUUUGCUCACAGGAGACCCCCUGCCCAACCCCCGCCCUUUGUCAUCGAUGGAGAGGACGCAGCCUCUGACGGAAUGCCGUGGGCAGAAACUCCAGGGCCAGCACUCCCUGGGCGGAAGGAGUCCCUGCAGCCCCCCGGAAGCCAGCCAGGUGGCUGAAGGCAGCAUAAGCCCGGCAGGGUCGGAACCAGAGCUGGAUUUUGCCGACAGCCCCAAGGAGGAGCCCCACCAGAUGGAAAGCCGGGCGUCAGGGGGACAGAGGAUGGAGACCUGUUGGCAGGAGGACCCCCACGACCCCUUCUCUCGGCCGGAAGCCACCCCGUGGACUGCUGCUCCAGCUCCUGCGCCCUCCAGCCCGCGUGCGGGCAGCCCCCUGGGGCUGGGCCCCAAGUCCGAGUCUGAGUCAGCUCCCUGGACCUGUGCCGGGUCCCGUGCCUCCUCCUCCCUGAGCGGGCUGUCUUGCUGUUCUCUCCAGGAGUUUCAGAAGGCGUCCGCCAUGCUGGUGCAGCUUUCCGAGAGCUCCGUCUCCCUCUCGGACUGGGAAGCUGGGGACCCCACUGAUGCAGACCCUGGCUGGUCUAGGGAGCUCUCACCUCAAGACUCCUGGGGGGUCCACCGGGGCGGGGAGCCGGUGGCCUGGGAGAGGCUGGAGGGCAACAGGACCGGUCCCCAGGGCGGCUCCCCCAUGGACACAGGGGGUCCAGAGCCCAGGGGAGGCCUCGUGCAGGUGGGCCGGCUGCUGCCUCUCCCGGAUGCCCCUUCUGGGAGGUCAAGGUCAGAGCUGUCAGAGGCACCCAGCGAGGUCUGGGAUGAGGAGAACCUGCUGGGGCCAGGCCCUGGUGCUGACCCAGGCUCAGGGCGCCACUCCCCUGCAGGAGGCUCAGCUUACCUGGAAGGUGACAGGGCGCCCUGCUCUGUACCUCCUUCCCUGGGCCUUGGGAAGGGGCAGGAAGCUUCCAGAACCAGCGGGAGCCUGGUCAGUGGAUUAAAUACAGAAAGAGGCAAACAGGUGUCACCGGAGGCUGCCUUCCCACCACUCCCAUCCACAGCCUCUCCCUCCCGUGACUUAGACCUGCCCCUUUCCUCUCCCUCCGGGUCCCUGGCAUCCGAAGGGGUGGAGUUUGGUGAAGCGGGAGACACUGGGGCUCUACAAGCCUCGGCUGGCUGCCCAGAGGGGCCUGGGGGCACUGACCUGAGUCUGUCCAACCACAGGAAACCUCAACAGGCCUGGUCUGAGCCUGAGGUCCCCGUGAGUCCGCAGGCUCCUCCUGGAGACCCUGGUGGUCUGGUAGCCCAGACACCCAAGGGCUGGGCACCUGGGCAUAGGGGGAGGGGACACUCCCCUGCCCCAGAGGAAGCCUGCCCUACCCUGGCCAGCGGGGUCUUGCCCGAGAUCCUGUCCCCUGUGGACGAUGUGCUGUCCUAUGGCAGUGCUGACCUUCCGUCCUCCACCCACAGGGACACCAGCCUCCCUCCUUGGCCUCCCACCCUCCCAGCAGAGCGUGAGGGGGCCAGCCUGCACUCGGGAGACUUCCCUCCCCCACCUGAAGACACCAUGUCUCCUGGGGGCUCACCGGGCCCCCCCAGGGAGGAUGCCUCCAUUAGAACUGGGGAGUUGCCCUCCUUGUCUGAGGAGGUCCUGCCUGAGCCACUGUUUCCGGGGCCCCAAGAGUCAGGGCUCUGCCUGGGGGCGGGUAGACAGGGUGGAAGCCUUGGGGAAAAAUUGGGCGAAUCGUGUUCUGAUGGGGGAGCUGAGGCUGUGGGCAGCCAGUGGUCUGAGCCAGUUUGCUGCCUAGGGUCCCCCUUGUGGGGGGGGGAUGGUGGUGCCGUGGGGGAGCUCCCAAGGCUGCCAGCGCAGCCCCCAACCCCAUCCAGAGUGGCCUUCAUGGCCAGGGAGGGUCUGCCCAUGUUGUUGUCAGCCGGAGGUACGGGGCCGUCUGGCACCGGGCACAGUGACCCGGAUCCUGCUUUGGGCGCGGGCUCCCACGCAGAUGUACCUGGUGGGGAGAGAGCCGAGGUGGUGGACUUGGUGUCCAGCCAGCUCACCAGAAGGAUCCUGUGCGACACGCUUGCUGUGCUCUCGGAGCUGGCCCAGCCGGCCGCCCGCUGACGGAGAAGCAGCUGUGUCCCCACAGCUGACCCGGCAUGUCCCCAAGACUGAUGAGACUCCUGAGGAGACAGGGCAGGGCCCGCGGUGACACACACCUGUGACAUUGCUUUGUCACUGUGCCCAUGCGUGCCCGUGUGUGUGGGAGGCUCCGGAAGCCUGGACCACUGAGGGCAGAGCCGCCGUUCAGAAUAGCCACCUGCCGUCGGCCGUGCAGGUGAUCCUCUGACGCUGGGCGGGGGACUGGGCACUGGCGUGACAUCCCGUGCAGUGGGCUUUGUUCUUCCGGGCUUUGGGUCCACGGCUUCCAUCCGGCCCCAAAAGGGUCACUGCUGCACAGUUCAAGAGGCGGGAAGCUGAAAGGUUGUGCGGGGCGUGUCCGAAGGCUGGCUGACCCAGGACAGAUGCGGAAGUCACGGAUUCGAGAGAGAACAUUCUGGAGGAGCCGGGAAGGGGAGCAGCUCUGAGGUGGAACCAGGCGCCAGCCCAAGCUGACCGCCCGCCAGCACGGAGAGCCUUCCGCAAAGGCCACGGGAGAGAGCACCGUUCUGGGGAUGUGGGAAGCCCGGGUGGAGGUGGGCAGGGGGCACGUCUGUGCGGGCUCACUCCCUCAGCUCUGUGGCCCUGGGAGGCCCAGACCUGCAUGUAGGCCAGCCCAGCUGUGCGGAUUAGAGAAGUAGCCCACUCAAGGGCCAAAGGUCACGGGCCAAAGUUUGGCCUGUUCUCUGGGGAUAGAUGGGCCCAGGCCUACGUGAGUGCUCAGGACACCUUCUGGAAGACACAAGAGCCCGUUCCCUGGUGGCCAUCCAGCAUGGAAUGAGCCCUCGGGGACACCGGCAGUCUUCGGGGUAAGGGCGGGGUGCUGACCCCUCAGGCCUUGGCUCCUUCCAUCCAGGGCCUCACACUUCCCAGCUUUCGGAGAGGAACUCAGCCCCUCGACAGCAUUUAUGGACCCCUGGGAAGACCCAGACCUUCGUGACUUGUAGUUUAGGUAGGACACGUCUCCACGCCUGGCAGAGCCCCGAGGUCGGCCUGUGCCCUCCACCUUCUGGCUCCGGCAAGCUGCUUCCUCCAGGCAGCCCUCCACCAGGCCCCAGCUUAGGGGCAGCCGCGUGUCUGGGCCGGCUGCUGGCCAGACCCACCUUUGUCACAGGCUGGCUCGUCCUGGCUUGGGGCUCGGGGAGGCACAGCUAAGACACCUCACGCGGGGGCACCUGGGUGGCUCAGUGGGUUAAAGCCUCUGCCUUCA